GCGUCGGCGGGGACAACGUGUGUGCGAAAUGUUCGAAAACUAAAAAGUCGUAAACGCAAACAAUUUUCAUCGCGUAAAAAUUUAUCGUGAACAACACACAACGUCACAAAUAUUCGCGGAAAAUGUAACGCAUAUUUUCGGGAAACACCCUGUGUAUCCACCUCAACAACAUCUAAAAAUAAUCAUGUGUAAUGUUUAAUGUAAUAUUCACCGUAAUCUCAUAAUUAUUGAAUAAUUUUAAGUGAUUUUGUGAUAAUUGUACAGUGACGCCAUCUAGCGGAAUUUCCGUGGAGUUUUCUAAUAUUUACCGUGAAAAUUGUGGAAAAACACACACGGGCGACGCGAGUCGAAGAGAAUAUUAAGCAAACAAGAGUUUUGAGUGAGAUUAACACAGAUUCGCGUUUGUUUACGCGCGCGCCGCGCGCCGCCAAGAGAUAAGAGGAAUAAAAUUUGCGCCACACAUGCGAUGAUAACUCCGACGACAUUCGGCUAAUUAUAGUCGCUGCGAUGCGAUAACGUGUGUGUGUCCGGCGCCAUUUUAUUACCGCUGUAAGAAAAUAGGCGAAAACUUUGCAUCUUGCUGCUUAAAAUGUGACUAUACAGUGUGUCAGUGUAUUUAAUAAAUAUUUGUGUAUACAGUGUGUUUAUAUAAAAAAUUAGUGUUCGGUAAUAUUAAUAUUCAAAAUGGAUCUGGAUGAAGAGGAGUUUUUAAGACAACAUGCAUCGUUGUCAAAAGCGGAAUUACGCGAGGAGUUGUUGGCGUUAAUGGCGAAUUUGACACUUGCACCGGAUGAGGAAGUGUCGACGUUGGGUGAACAGGCGUGUCAUCAAAGAUGGGCGAAUGAAACGACAGUGUUUAAUGAUGCGCAUGUGUCAAUUUGCUCCACCCACUAUGAUUCUGUCAUUUGCUGGCCGCCCACGCCGGUGAAUUCCACUGCGGUUGUCAAAUGCUUCGCGGAGUUGAAUGGCAUACGAUAUGAUGAUACAAGUAAUGCAACAAAAGACUGUUUCUCGAAUGGCACGUGGCUGAAAGCGGAGUAUGGCGCAUGCGUGGAGAUAAUGGAUCACACGACGAGUCAUGGGAUUAUUACAACUGCGACGAUUUAUUUUGUGGGGUAUUGUCUCAGUUUGGUUGCGCUUGCCAUCGCUAUAGGGAUAUUUUUAACUUUUAAAGAUUUACGAUGUCUCCGCAACACAAUACACACCAACCUGAUGUGUGCGUACAUGUUCGUCUACUUCAUGUGGAUUCUAACCCUAAUGCUCGAGCUAAACUUCGAGAGCCACCUGGCGUGCAUCGUGCUCAUAAUUCUCCUGCACUACUUUCAUCUGACAACCUUCUUUUGGAUGUUUGUCGAAGGGUUGUAUUUGUACAUAUUAGUUGUGGAAACACUCACCAGGGAAAACUUUAAAGUGAAAGUUUACAUUUUUAUCGGUUGGAUAAUGCCGACAUUUUUCGUCUUUGUCUGGGCGAUAGUAAAAAGUUUUCUACCCGUACAAGACGUUGAGAAUGGCGCACCUAUCACUAUGGACGAAGCAAGUGCGGGUAAUCUCUGGUCGCAUUGUCCAUGGAUGCGUCCACACGCAGUCGACUGGAUCCAUCAAGGACCAACAGUCGCCGUGCUCCUGCUCAAUCUGCACUUCCUGUUGGCGAUCAUGUGGGUACUCAUCACGAAACUUCGUUCGGCAAAUACGCUCGAAACGCAGCAGUAUCGCAAAGCUGCGAAGGCUCUACUCGUCUUGAUGCCUCUACUGGGUGUUACAUACGUUCUCACAAUUGCUGGGCCUACAGCGGAUGAAGCCACGAAAAAUAUUUUCGAUUAUGUUCGAGCUGUGCUACUCUCCACACAGGUUAGUAUAGAAUAACCUAAAAUAACAUGG